AGGACGCAGGAGAAGGCUUCUCUUCCCUGUGGCCACUGCUGCCCUCAGGGUGAGCUCCUCACUGGGCAUCUCCUCCAGGACCCUGCUGGCACCUGGACAGGUGCUGUUGAGAUGGGACCAGGUGCUGUUUGAAACAGAGCUCCAAGGUGUGAGAACUGGGAAACGAGCUUUGCUACUGCAUCUCUGAACCUCAGCGUCCGCACUUGCCAUCGUGAAGAACCAGAGCCCAACGGCUGUCUGUGGAGGUCAGGUGCAAAGACCUGGGAAUUACUGUGAGUGAGCCUGGAGGUCUCCAACCCACAGAAGGAAGGUCACACACAGACUCUUUGAGAUGGACCGAGUGACCAGAUACCCCAUCUUCAGCAAACCCCACUCAGCACGUGUCACCGGCUUGGCCUUGGAUGAAGACACCAGCUACACCGUUGAGCUAGUGGGCGUGGGGCCCGAGGCUGGUUGGAGCCAGGGUGAUCUGCAGACCUGGUCCGCUGAGGACCAGACCAAGCCGGAUGUGAAGAGAGUAAGCGUGUCUUCCACCAGACGAGCCUUCCUGGGGCAGCAGUCCCCGAGGUCACUGUACUGGGAAGAUGAGGACGAGGAGACGAAAGCUUACCGCGUGGACGCCGGCAGCAAUGCCUUCUGCAGGCAGCCGAGGGACCUGGAGGCCGAGCGCUGGGCAGUCAUCCAGAGCCAGGCGGUCAGGAAGGGUGGCACAGUGGCCACACUCCAGGCUUCAUCAGACCAUAGGGACCCCAGGAUCACCAGCCAGCCCCGGUCUUCAUUCACAGAGGAGAUCUUGGUGGACACGGAGCAAAUCGAUUUCCUGGCUGCUCGACAGCAGUUCCUGAGUUUAGAGAAGGCAAACACAAAUCCGGUCACGUGGAGCCCCACAGCCAGGGAGACCUUUGCACGUACCCCACCUGGCGUCGACCAGACCCCCAAGGCCUCCCCUGGGCCCCAUGUAGCCAAUGGCUACACCACUUCAGUCACGUCACCAAUGAAGGAAGUGACCUUGGAGAAGACUUUCCAUUUCCACGCUUCCCCAGCUGGGUCCAUCCGUACAACGGAUGACCCUGGCCACCAGACCCGAGCAGAGUCCCCUGAGACCCCCAAGGAGACGCCCAUCGAGAGAGAGAUCAGACUGGCCCAGGAGCGAGAGGCGGAACUGCGGGAGCAGAGAGGGCUUGGGCGGGCUGCCGGGCAUCAAGAGCUCAUACAGAUCCCCAGCAGGCCCCUGCUCAACAAGAUGAGCUUGACAGAGACACCCCCACGAAGAGACAGGGGCCGCCCGUCCCUCUACGUGCAGAGGGACAUGGUACAAGAAACGCAACGAGAAGAAGAUCAUCGCCGAGAGGGUCUGCAGGUGGGCAGGGCGUCCACACCUGACUGGACUUCCCAGGACCCUCAGCCUGGGUUCCAGAGAAGCCUGAGCUCCGACUGCAUCCUCAGCCCAGAUGCCCGAGCUGCAGACCCAGCUCCAGAGGCAAGGAAAGUCAACCGGAUCCCACCAGAUGCCUACCAGCCAUACCUGGGCCCUGGGACCCCCAAACUAGAAUUCUCAGCCUUUGGAGUAUACAGCAAGCCAAGUGGUGUCCACUCCACAGAGGACACCAAAGCCACAGCCUUCCGGAACAACACAGAGUCUCCAAGGCAUGUUUCAGAACCCUCCAGAAGAUCUCUGAGCUCAAAACAAGAGUGGCCCAAGCCCCCUGGAAAGUCUGCCAAUGGGGGAGUUGUGAAAUUAGAGAAUUUCCACCUGCGUCCACUGCGAUUCAAGGUCCCAGAUGUCCCCCAGGAAGCUGAGACCCCCCAAACCUGGGGCUGGGAAGUGGCCGGAGGCCCUGUGUUGAGACUACAAAAGUCACAGUCAUCUGAGCUGCUGGAGAGGGAGGUGGAGAGCGUCCUGCGGAGGGAGCGAGAGGUAGCUGAAGAGCGGAGGAAUGCCUUCUUCCCAGAGGUAUUCUCCCCAGUGCUGGACCAGGAGGAGAGCCAUGAGCAUGACUCGCGCAGUUCCUCUCGGGCAUCUGGCAUCACCGGCAGCUAUUCCGUGUCAGAAUCACCGUUAUUCACGCCCAUUCACCUGCAUUCCGGCCUGGUGUGGAAGGUGGAGGCCCCAGAGGACAGUUCUCCGCCAGGACAGAAGACUAGAAAGGAGUCGUGGUAUGCAGGUAUCAACCCCUCAGACGGUGUCAACUCGGAGGUCCUGGGAGCCACGAGGGUAAAGCGACACAAGAACCUCUUGGCGGAACGCUGGGAAGCACAUAUCUAUGCCAGCGAGGAUGAGAACUGAGGCUGGAAGCAGGGGCGCCCAUUCCCCGUCCCACCCCAGUCCUGUGGAAGCUGCCAGGCCUGCCCAAGUCUCCGCCGUCAGGUCCCUAUUUAAACAGGCCCAGGCCGAUGUUUGUGGCCUGCAGUUGGCUUGGUUUUCCUGGGGUGGGCGAGUGUUUCCUGCUUAGGGGUGAUUCUCAACUGAGGCUGAAGAUGAUCCAGCCAGGCCUCUAUGUACGAAGACUUCCCCAAAUGUUCCAGGGUUUGGGGAGGUAACAAGGCUGCCCUCCGUGGGCUGGGAGGCCCUGGGAGGUGUGGCUCCAGAGCCCCCACUUACAUCCCUCAGCCCCUGAGCAAAGUGCAGAGCCUUGGAUCUCUCACAGUGCGGAAAGAAGGCUCUGUUUAGGGACCCGCCAUUCCUGUCUUGCUGACCCCAGACACAACACGUACCCUUUGUGUUUAUUUGUGAAAUAAAUCUGUCCUCAGCA